AUGGCCGGCAACGAAGAGACCAUGGAGGCGGAGGAUUCUAACGGCUAUUCGCACGGAAAUAAACUUAAGCUUAGGCUCAAAGAUCCAUCAAAGGUAGGACCUUUCUUGCUGAACUCACUUAUAAAAGUGGCUCAAACGAAGGAGAUGCUGUCUAAACAAGCGGUUCAGACCAAAGAGAUCUUGUCCAAACAAGCCGUUAAGAUCGCUAAGCAGGCCGAGGAGCACGAAAGGUUCAUCAACAAGGUGACAAAUUUGCUGGGUGUUCUUGGAUUUGGAGGCUUCUACUUUAUUUUGGGUGCAAGGCCGCAGGAUGUUCGAGGUAAGCAAACCAUAAUUGAUAUUGCUUUUGUUCUGUCCUUGGUUUUCAAUUCUGUGGACAAAAUCGUAAGCGUCUUUAUUCAUCUCCUGCCUGGAUUGGUGUUCUUCACAAUCCGGUGGUGGGACCCGGUGUUUUUCGAAGCCAUGCAUCCCGAGGGAACAGUUCGUAGAGCAUCACGGGCGUAUGUAGAAAGCAAAUCCUACCUGUGGACAUGGCUUUUCGUUGUUCCUUUAGUUGUUUACCUUAUCUGGCAGCUUCUUUAUUUCCUCAUUGUAAAUGUUCUACGUGUUAGUCCCUGCUCGUUCACAGCUCAGGUAAGCAAAAAUGCUUCCGGCACAAACGAACACUUUUAG